AUUAUAAAAGGGUAUGAUUAGUCAUUAAGUGAGAGCAGAGGACGAAAAGAAAAAAAAAGGACAAAAUAGGAAGUAGUUUUCUAUUAUUCAACUACAACAGCUGUUGAACUAAAACUGAAGCAGGCGAAGGACUAUAGUGUGUAAACGGAGAGACUCAAUACGCUUUCUGCAUUGCUUGAGCUGGUUUCAUCAUGGGAAGAAUUUUGUUGCUGCUGUCUCUGUGUCACAUUUUGGCUCUUGUGUGGGGCUACUCAACUUUAAAUCCUACAUCAAUUACAACAUUAGAGAACUACUCAACUUCAAAUCCUACAUCAGUUACAACAUUAGAGGCCUACUCAAGUUCAAUGCCUACAUCAACAUCAGAAAUAACAUCUAGUCCUCCCUUUAAUUCAACAGUAACACCCACCUUACCAUUUCUUAAUAAUGUUGACAACGUCUCUGUAAUAAAUCGCACAGAGACAACACUAACACUGCAAUGGCAUAAGGUUGAUGGCAUGAAUUACAGUUACACACUAAGCUACAAUGGACUUAACAACAGCAUCUGUGGAUCAGGAGAAGAUUUUGUAGUGACAUACAUAGUUUUAAAUCUUACUGCUGGAACUGAAUACAGCUUUAUACUCUACACUGUAUUUAAAGGAGCUCAAAGCACUGGAUACAACUUUACCAAUGUCACUACUCCCCUUCCUGUUACCAACAUUUCUGUAAAGAAUCGCAGUGAGACUGCAUUAACAUUGGAAUGGGAUAAAGUGAGCAACAUUUACAACUACAGUUACACAUUAAUCUACAAUAAUCAGAACAUCAGCAUCAAUGAAUCAGAAGAAAGUUCUAAAGUGACAUAUACAAUAACAGACCUUGCUGCUGGAACAGAAUAUAUUCUCAUUCUCUACACGGUAUUUAAAGGAGUUCGGAGUGCAGAGUACAGUUUUACCACUGUCACUACUCCCCAUCAUGUUACCAACAUUUCUGUAAAGAAUCGCAGUGAGACUGCAUUCACUUUGGAAUGGGAUAAAGUGAGCAACAUUUACAAUUACAGUUAUACAUUAAUCUACAAUAAUCAGAACAUCAGCAUCAAUGAAUCAGGAGAAAGUUCUAAAGUGACAUACACAAUAAAAGGUCUUGAUGCUGGAACAGAAUAUAUUCUCAUUCUCUACACGGUAUUUAAAGAAGUUCGGAGUGCAGAGUACAGUUUUACCACUGUCACUACUCCCUAUCAUGUUACCAACAUUUCUGUAAAGAAUCGCAGUGAGACUGCAUUAACUUUGGAAUGGGAUAAAGUGAGCAACAUUUACAAUUACAGUUACACACUAAUCUACAAUAAUCAGAACAUCAGCAUCAAUGGAUCAGAAGAAAGUUCUAAAGUGACAUACACAAUAAAAGGUCUUGAUGCUGGAACAGAAUAUAUUCUCAUUCUCUACACGGUAUUUAAAGAAGUUUGGAGUGCAGGUUACAAUUUUACCACUGUCACUAGUAACUCCCGUCAUGUUACCAACAUUUCUGUAAAGAAUCGCAGUGAGACUGCAUUCACUUUGGAAUGGGAUAAAGUGAGCAACAUUUACAAUUACAGUUAUACAUUAAUCUACAAUAAUCAGAACAUCAGCAUCAAUGGAUCAGAAGAAAGUUCUAAAGUGACAUACACAAUAAAAGGUCUUGAUGCAGGAACAGAAUAUAUUCUCAUUCUCUACACGGUAUUUAAAGAAGUUCGGAGUGCAGAGUACAGUUUUACCACUGUCACUACUCCCCGUCAUGUUACCAACAUUUCUGUAAAGAAUCGCAAUGAGACUGCAUUAACAUUGGAAUGGGAUAAAGUGAGCAACAGUUACAAUUACAGUUACACACUAAUCUACAAUAAUCAGAACAUCAGCAUCAGUGGAUCAGGAGAAAGUUCGAAAGUGACAAACACAAUAACAAAUCUUGAUGCUGGAACAGAAUAUAUUCUCAUUCUCUACACGGUAUUUAAAGAAGUUUGGAGUGCAGGUUACAAUUUUACCACUGUCACUACUCCCCUUAGCAUUUCCAACAUUUAUGAAAAGUCUUUGACUGAGACUACAUUAACAAUGGAAUGGAAAAAAGUGAGCAACAACAACAAAUAUAAUUACAGGAUAAGCUAUAAUGAUAAGAAUACCAACCUCAGUGGAUCUGGAGAAGGGUCUUUUGUGACAUACACAGUCUCUAACCUUACUGCUGGGAUGGAAUACCAUUUUACCAUCUACACUGUGUUUAAAGAAGCAGAAAGCAGAGGUCACAACUUUACACGAAUCACUAUUCCACAUAGUGUUGCUGGGUUACACUGUCAGUAUGCUUCAGGCGGUUAUGGUCUAACUCUUCUUUGGGAUCCUCCAAAUGGAAAAAGGACAGCUGUACAGGUUAACAUCAGCAGCCAAAGCUUUAGUCACACAGGUGAAAAUAUGUACAUUGAUGGACUGCUGCCUGCCCAGUGGUAUACCCUUACUGUAUCUGCACUCUCUGGACCAAUGGAAAGUGUUCCAGUUUCAAUUUCCUGUCAGACUGACCCAAGAGGAGUCAUAGCGGGUGUUGUAACAUUCCUUCUGCUAGCCAUUCUCAUCCUCUGUAUUGGAAUGUUUAUAUGGCAUCAAAAGCCAAAACUCUUCAGUAAGUUUAAAUCCUCUAAAGAGACCAAAGUUUCCAGUAAUAAAUACAAACCAAUUCCACUGAACAAGUUUCCAAUGCACUUUAACUCCAUGCAGUGUGACCAGAACCGUGGUUUCAGUGAAGAAUAUCAGGAUUUAAGUACAGUGGGUACAGAUCAGAGCUGUACAGAUGCUACACUUCCUGAAAACAAGAGCAAGAACCGAUUUAUCAAUGUACUGGCCUAUGAUUCUACUCGUGUGAAGCUUGCUGCCCAAAAUAGCUCUGAUUCAGACUACAUCAAUGCCAACUACAUUAAUGGUUAUGGAAAGAAAAACAAGCAGUACAUCGCUGCUCAAGGUCCUCUCCCCUCCACUGUCAGUGACUUCUGGAGAAUGGUGUGGGAGCAGAAGUCUUCAGCCAUUGUCAUGCUGACCAACUGUACUGAAGGAGGAAAGAUUAAAUGUGAGCAAUAUUGGCCAAAGGACAACAUGCCCUGCCUCUAUGGAAACCUGUUGGUCUCUAUCCAGUCUGAACAAAAAGAGAGUUGCUGGACUCGACGAGAAUUCAUUAUCAGAAAUGAAUCUGCCUCUAAAGAGUGUGCAGUAACACACUUCCAUUUCACAGCCUGGCCUGAUCAUGGAGUUCCUAUAGGAACAGCAGAUUUACUUAAAUUCCGUUGGCUUGUUCGUCAGCACAUUGAAACCUACCCCUUUAGUGGACCUACAGUAGUACACUGCAGUGCUGGUGUGGGAAGGACAGGCACUCUAAUCGCCCUUGAUGUGUUACUGCAGCAGAUGGACAAAGAAGAAAUGGUCAACAUUGCUGACUGUGUACAUCGCAUGAGGCUUAGUCGGCCUCUCAUGGUACAGACUGAGAGUCAGUAUGUAUUCCUGCACCAGUGCAUCAUGGAUUCUCUGACACCAAAGGAGGACUCAAUUCCUGAGCCUAUAUAUGAAAAUUCUGAAAUGUUCUAUACUAAUGCCAUGGCUCUAAAGGAGUAUAACGCAGCCAGUUUAGGAGUCUGAACACACCCAAUUACAUUUUUGACAAAGCGAUACAAUACUAUAUUAUUGCUCUUGUAUAACUUAUAUUACCAGCAUACACUCCAGUUUUACUAUCCUUAAUUGUUUUGGCUUGACCGAUUCCCUAUAAUCAUAUUAAAAUUCUCCAUAAUUUAUUAACAUUUUACAAUUUCCAUGGAUCAUUUGAUCAUAGGAAAAACUUUGCAUAGACCAAACCACUGGAGCUAGAGCCAUAAACAUGGAUCGUUGUGCUACAAAUGAAGAAUCAGGUAACACCCUGGCAACCACUCUGGAUAUCUAACCAACUGGAAUAACAAAGUAACAAUCAAUACUCUUGAAUAUCAAAACAACGACAGAGUAACACCCUCGAAACCAACUUGGUUAGUAUAGCACUCACCUAGACCUACCCUAGGAAAGCAACUGGGUUAGCUGGGCUAGCAUGGCCAUAUGUUAAAAUUUUAUUAUUUUAAAGUUUUCAUCUUUAAGCAUGUUUUGACCUUUUGAUGUUUUAAAUUGUAAGCGCAGUGUUUCAGCAUUUUAAGUUUUUAACUGAGCUUUAAACAUAAGAUUUAAACCAUUAAUCAGGACUUAAAACCUUUACACAUACAAUUGUUAACCACAAAAAAUAUGAAAAAUCUAUGACAAUAAUAAUUAUAAUAAUAAUUAUUCAUCAAUUAAACUUUUUUGCAUGUUUA